AUGCAUUUUUUUUUCCCUUCAUUUUACCCCCCCACAUUUCAUUUUCUUUUUUACUUUUUCUACCUUCCUUCGUUUCUCAAUUAUCUUGCCUUUUAUUUCUCUCUUCUACUUUUUCUUGUUUUCAUUAUCCCUUUUCUUGAUCCCUUUUUCUAUUUUCCUCUAUCCUGUCCUUUUCCUCUGUUCUCUCCUUUUUUCCUUCAUUCUCUCUCUAUUAUCCUUUCUUUCCUUCAUUCUCUCUCUAUUCUUUCCUUUUUCUUCUUUCUUUCUCUAUUCUUUCCUUUUUCUUCUCUCUCUCUAUUCUUUCCUUUUUCUUCUUUCUUUCUCUAUUCUUUCCUUUUUCUAUUCUUUCCUUUUUCUUUCUCUAUUCUUUCCUUUUUCUAUUCUUUCCUUUUUCUUUCUCUAUUCUUUCCUUUUUCUAUUCUUUCCUUUUUCUUUCUCUAUUCUUUCCUUUUUCUUUCUAUAUUCUUUCCUUUUUCUUUCUAUAUUCUUUCCUUUUUCUUUCAUUUUUCCUUUUACUUUCUUUUCCCUUAA